CAACCAAGCUUCAACGCCUAAAACUGGAAUGAUAUUUAAGCCGGUCGAUAUUUUUUGUCAAGUUGCAGUGUUUCUUUGGGAUGCUAUUGAAGAUGCAGAAACUAGGUACUUGCAAAGAUUAACGCAGGUAAUAGUUAGAACAAUAAAUUGAGGGUCCAGUGCGUCCGGCGCGCACCUACCUGGCUUACAAUGGAGCGCAUUACAAGGGUUUCAUGGUCAAACUAUACACUACCUGCUGCAUAAUGAUGUUGCUAAGCAAGACAAAUGGCAAUUUCUAAACGCAGACCAAAUUUUAUUGUAAGGAUGGCAGCGGCAACAUUGGUGUCAAAGAAAGCUGUUAAAAAGGGAAAAAUUAAGAAGACACUUAAAAAUGUGUUGUGCCGUCCUGACCCCGUAUUUUGGCCCCUCAUAUCCGAUGAACAGAAAAAAAUUCUAGAAGUAAUUAUGAACAAUCAUAAAAUAGAUAUACCAAAAUGGAAUAAACCACUCUGGAAAGACAUAAAAGUGAUUCCGAAGGACAAAAGACCAAAGCCACCUAAAACACAAAAGCCAGACGGGCUCCUAUUUGGAAUAUCUGAAUGUACCAAUGCCAUUCACAACCACAAUUGUGCAGCCAUCUUGGUAGACUCUGCAGUCAACCCUCGUACCAUAGUUCAGCCUGUAAUAGAAACUUGUACGAAUGCUAACAUACCAGUCAUCUGCAUCAAUGAUUUGAAGGCCUUAUGUACCUGCAAUUUUGGUAUACCAACUAGUUGUUUAGGAAUCAAAAACAACUGUCUGCCUGAUCUCAACAAAAAAGUAUUAGAAAUUGCAAGUUCUUUCAAAUUACCUGAACAAAUUAAAAGUAAUGAACCAGUGGAAUCUAUGGAUACUAGCAAUGCCAUAGAGGAAAAAACAGCUGACACACCAACACAAUGUCCAUACUUGUAUAGAAAUAAUAAGAAAACAAGAGUGUUUAUACCAUCAGAAGGAAUUGUUAGCAAAAAUGUUAAAGAUUUCAGUGGUCAAGACUUUAUUAAAUUUGCAGCAAAGAUGGAAACACAAAAUAAGGACCGGAAGUCAUAUAUGAACAUGGUUUUGAAGAAAUUGACAAACAAUCCUAACAGGGUUCAAGUGAAACAAAAAGAUUUUAAAUGAGAGACGCUUUAUUGUAUAAUGUAACAUUACUAUAAUGUCAAAAAAAGACAUGUAUUUUUUAUGUUAAGCAUUCCUAAAGGAAUGUAAGUUUGCCAGUACACAAAAAUAACUAGGGUCUUGAAUAUAAUUUUUCAUAAGUGUGCCCCUGCAUUUCUGUAUACUGUAACCAAACUUUACCAAUUUUACCCAUUCUACAAUCUACAAUACAAUACAUGAUGUAUUGGUAAAAUUUGAUUUACAUA